UUAAUAUUAAGGUAUUCCGUUUUCUAAAUUAGGCAAUAUUCAAAGUGGUGAUCCACAAGCAGUAGUAUAGAUGCGGAUUUUUUGCUCUUCUCCAUUUCUCUAUAUUUCCAUUUCUACGUUCAUACGACGCAGCUUUUUCUGAAGGAUUGUUUGGUUUAUUAUAUACAUUCACACACACAUUAUCGAUCCCUCUUUUCUGAAAGACAAAGGCAUAAAUUAGAAGUACAUAAUUUUGUCAAUUAUGCGUUACUACAAGUUGCUUGAACGGAGUAAAUCUCAAGAUUCAGACAACUCCGACUCGGAAUACACUGAUGAUAAAAAUAAUAAUAAUAAUAAUAAUAAUAAUAAUAUUCCGGCAGAAUUCCUGUGUCAAGCAAUUUUUGCUGGAGAUAGAUUUCAUGAUGUUGAAGCAGCAUAUGGUCGAUUAGAAGGAGUUUUAAGAACUUCAACAGGUUAUUAUGGAGGAACUAUAAGGAAACCUUCCUACAAAGAGGUUUCUGAAGGAAAAACAGGACAUACUGAAGCAGUAAAAAUCACAUAUGAUAAGAGAAUUGUUUCUUAUAAAUCUCUAUGUGAUUUUUUCUGGGAAACUCAUGAUCCAACCAAUAAAAAUUCUCUUAAUUUCGGGUUAAGUACGCACCUGAGAUCUGCUAUAUUCUGUUCAACAGAAGAAGAGAGAAAACAAGCACAACAAUCAAAGAUAAGGCGGCAAAUGAAGCUUAAUAGGAGAAUUCUAACAAAAAUAAGUCUCUUCUGGAAAGAAAAUAAUUGUGAUUUUUUUGUUGCGGAGAACCAACAUCAGAAAUAUUAUCUGCAGAAGCAUUACAGGCUUUGUGAAAGUUUGAGUCUAAGAAGCACUGAACAAUUUGUGGAAUCUUACCUUGCCUGCAAACUCAACGGAGUAUUGGCAUUGGAUGGGGAACUCAUAUUGGACAAGUUACUACAAUUAACGAGGACUUGUCUGUUGCCCAAGCAAUGCAGAUCCACUUGUGAUGAAAUUAUACAAGAUUUAAAGGGAAGAAGCGCCCAUGGCUCUACUAUUUCUUGAAUCAUCUCUUUUCCAUUCUUAUAUUAACAACCACAAACAAUCCUAAUUAUCUGUCAACUAUUCCCGCAAAUUGAUUCUAUUUCUCUUGCUAAAUUAAAUUGUUACAUUUUGCCGUGA